UCAGCCAUUUGAGCUGAGGACUUUGGAUAAAAUAAACCAUGACAAAACAAUGUCUGGUGUAGUUUUGUUUUUAAUUUUUUGCGUGUUCUGUCCUGGGAGUGUUUAUCUUUCGUCGGAGAUAGGAAUUUGUUCAAAAACCAAUUCUGCCAUCAAGUGUUGUAAUAAUUACAAGUUGAAUGAAAAAGGAACCGGAUGUGUCGAGUGUGACCCUGGGUUCUUCGGAGACUGUAAUACGCCGUGUCCUCCGGGCCGGUAUGGUCAACUUUGUGAAACAGAAUGUCUGUGUCAGGUCCAAGAGUGUCAUCACGUGACAGGUUGUGUGAAUGUUAUCACCCAAACAUCGGCUUCGUCGGGAGGGAAUUGUACGUCGAAAGGUAAGAGUGGAUGCUGUAUUAAUUACCACUUGGACAAUAAAACCAACACUUGCAUAGUGUGCCCGGAUGGAUCGUACAACGAAGAUUGUCGUGACAACUGUCCGUAUCCUUUCUAUGGACAUAAAUGUGGAUCCAUAUGUGAUUGUAGUAAUGAGACUUGUAACCACGUGACCGGGUGUAAUUCAUCUAAGACAACAAUUGACGGAGAAACUGAUUCCAACUUAGAUCCCAGAACGAUAUGGAUCAUUGUCAGUAUCAGUGUAGGUGUGAUGUUAAUAGUGGUGGCCAUAGGAGUCAUCUGUCGAUGUGCAUUUAGUAAAUCUGGAAUCGACUACCAACCUAAACAUAUACAGAAUUCGACCCGGCGACAACAAGCAUCUUGUGAGAACGAUAGUUCGGUUAGAAGACAUUGUGACUCUGAGCAGCCAUUGUGUCACCAAGAGCCCGACUGUGGGACUCCAAGUGACUUCUACACUGACAACUCGGAGAACCCGUAUGCACAAAUCACAGACACCGCCAGACUCAUGCCAAGAACUAAGCACACACCGAAGGAGGUGCCCAUACCCCAGGCCCCGCUGUCUCGGAGUAUGCCAGGCUCCAAGUGCGAGGAAACCAUACCAUACGAUGUACUCAGUUUAAAAAUCGGAAGCGUGAGUGAUUUAAGUUCCUGUGAUUGGUCGGCACCAACUGCGCAUUGGAGCAAAACGUGCGCCCCGCCUCCUGUAGUUAAAAACAAACCACUUCCACCAUUGAAACGAAAAAGUUUUCUUUUUCCGGAUGACUCUUCUGGAUAUCUGGAAGAGAAAUACGUCACAGGUCCCAGCAGGUCCAGUGAAGCGGAAAUAAAGAGCCUUCCUAACGCUCCCCCUCCGCCGACAAAAAUCCACCAAAAUGGAGAAAUCAGGUCAACCAAACCUGCAAAGAAAUUACCAACUCCGCCCAAACGAACAGUCACCCUAGUGAAGAAACCUGAUAAGGUACCAAGAAACCCACCAAUGCCACCAAAAAAGCCACCCAAAGACUCCUUUGUAUACGCAGGCAGCAGUGACAAUGGGGAUCCCGCCAUUCCUAAUGGAAGCACAAGUAUGCAACAUGAAAGUACAGCCGAAAAGAAAUCAAAAACAGCUCACUUUAUGCCCAACACUGUACUAAGGAGAGAAAAGUCCUUGAAGGCUAACUUACAGAAGGAUGCCCUGAACAAACGGAAAACCAACGGCAAGUCGUACAACUUGUCUGGAUUAUUGGAGGUUGAUGACAUGCCUCCGCCUAACUUUGAGGAGGAGGAGGGGGGCUCGGGGAGCCAGGACCCCCUACAGAACGGAGCCCCGCCCCCCACCGUGUUCCGGAAGUGCCAGACGGUGCUCAAGAACAAGAUGAACAGGAUCAGUGCCCUUAAGUUUGCCGGUAAUCCUCUUAGAUAUAGCUUCGCAAGACCUCAAAAUAGCUAGGUUUUUAUGUAUUAUCUCUAUGUUAAAGAGUGUUUUAUAAUUUUAUAAGUAUUAUACUUUUUCCAUGUACAUGCAUCUUUGUCAAGUGUUGAAGUUUGGUCAUUAUUUUAAAAUAACGAAAACUGUUUAAAAGAUAUCUGUUUCGAGUGUAAAAAUUCAUGUAUAUUGCAAAGUACUUAGUAUGCAUAACUCAACAUAAAUGAAUGAAAUCGAUCGCUAAGGGGUGCAGAACGAAGUGAAAUUUUUCUAUCCAUGUCUUUAUUAUUAUAAAAAGAAAGUGUCACGUGUGGAGAAUUGUUACAUACCUAAUCAGUUGACCAAGAUCAUCACACACGAGUCUUUUAUUUAUAAUAUUUUCUAUCUCACUAUGUGAAGAAUUUUAUGAUGAAUCAUGAUUAUACAUGUUCAUGAUGUUUAUAAUCUAUCGUUCCCAAGCUUUUUUAAGGUGUCAAAUGUCAUUUGCGUUUGAGAACGACAAUGUAGUUUGAACUACCGAGCUUCAGAGAUUGAUAGAAAGAUAUAUAGAUGAUAUCUAUAUUGAGUGAUUUUACAUUUACUUUAUCCAAAAGUUGAAAUGGUGUAUAAAUGCACGCGGUAAUUUCAAGGAAUUUGAUAAGGCGAAUAUAAACACCACACAAGUAUAGAUGUUCUAUUUGAUUUAUAUAUAAAGCUUUUGAGACAGCCUCUUAAAUGACACGAAUUGCAUAGUAAUUUUUUUAGCCAAAUCGAUGAUGCAAUGUUGUGUUAUGCGGUUAUUGUGAUCUUGUGGAAUGCAAUUUAGUAAGUCCGUUUGAAGAUAAACAUAGCUUUUUUAAUGUAAAUCUUCACUGAAAUAAACCUUGAAACAAUU